GAGACUUUUUUUAACAAGGAAAUUUUCUCUCCCAACACAAUUUCCACCAGCAUGACCUCUAAUUCCAAUUUAUCCAACAUGCGACGGCUGGUGGAACAACUGAAGCUUGAGGCCAGCGUGGAAAGAAUCAAGGUGUCCCAGGCGGCUGCAGAGCUCCAGCAGUACUGCCUGCAGAACGCAGGCAAAGACGCGCUGCUGGUGGGAGUCCCCACAGGCAGCAACCCCUUCAGAGAACCACGCUCCUGUGCUGUGGUGUGAAGAGGGCGAAGAUGUGGACACAGCUGUGGCACCUCACUCCCAGAAGAAAGGAAUUCCAUUUUGUCUUUAACAUUUUUAUUUCUUAAAGAAAAACACAUGAAAAUUAAAUUUUACAAAUAUAUUUUUAGAUAAAUGUCUUGUUUUACUACAUUAUUGUAUAUUUUUUAACACAUUAAAGGACUUUACAUAAACCCGCUUCAUCUUUUUAACGCUAAUGCUAUAAGAUGGAGUCAUAUAAUGAUGGUCUCUGGGUUACACAAAGCGGAUGUUUAUAGCCAGGCUCUAAAUUACGCCUUGGAAUCUCGUGGCGUCGGAGCUUCCUGAUGUUCAGUCUAAGUUAGGAGCACAGCCAGAGAGAGGAAACUGGGUCUUCCUGUUCAAAACUGCAAAGACACUCUGCAGAGAGUCACAC